AUUAAUUAGUUCAAGCCCUUCAUGCACCAGAAUCUGUUGCUGCACGAUUAUUGUUAUCAUGGCAUUAGCACUGAUGUUGAAGAUGGGGAGCUGCAGGAGCAAAGCAUAGCAAAGGUCUUGUCGUGCUUCGAAAAUAACCGUAUUUAUUCUCAGUGCAAUGAAGCAUAUAGAUUAAACCCAUCUGGGAAUAUUAACAUACCACUGCAGGCCACUGAUUCUUUCUGCAGUGGACCAUGCCUUUCUGAAACACGGUUAGUACUUAAUUGCAUCAAUGACAUGCUAUCUAAUUUUGUAUUCUACAACAAAGCCACCGCACAACAGAUGAGAAAUGCCCUGGAUGCUGGCUGCAGCUUUUCUAGAGAAAGAGGUCAACACUAG